UUUUAUUUAUGCUGGAAUGUAUGUCCAUGAUAACAAUUGCUUGAAUAGAAAUAUUAAACAUUAGAGAAAAAUGAAAUUUUAUUGGUGGAUUCUAUCAGUCUAACCCUACUCAAUAUUGGUUAUAUAUAAAAAGGAAAAUUUGAUGUGAUAAUAUAGAGUAGAAAUUGACGAUUAGGCAUAGUAUCCUCAGUUUGAACAAAAUGUUUCAUUAUAUAGAAGUGAUAUGGUGAAUAAAGAGAAUUCAGUAUUUUCAUUCCUACCAACUUAUUGGAAGUCUGAUGAGAAUAGAUCAUUCUGUAAAAGAGAAGAAUUACUCCAUGAACUGAAACUGAAUGUCAAAACGCUUAUGGAACAUGCUGCAAUAUGUCAUUCAGUUCCUGAGGAUAGUACACUUGUACUUAAUUUUUGUGAGUUAGUUCACGAGUGUCUUCGAACUGGUUUGAAAACAUCACCUAUACCAUUCUAUCAGUGCACAUCCACCUUCUCCUUGUUGUAUAAAAUAUCCAGUCAAUGUGAAGCAGCUUCAAUAGUGAUAAAUAAUUUUGAAGGACGAAAUAAAUCCUGUUCAAAAUUAAGUUUCAACUCAAAAAUCGCUUGGAUCCAUUUUGCCUUGAUUGAAGACCUACUUGAAAAUAUUAUUCGGCAUAUAUGCACAGAGACGAAGGAGUUUUAUAAUUCUGACAGUAUUAUUGCUGAUGAAUGUGAUGUAAAUGUGUUCUUAUCAUUGAUAAGUGGUCCAUGUGCAAUAAGCUAUACAUCAGCGAUUCAUGAAGAUUCCUACUGGUCAAAUUUACAUGCAGAUGAGCUUAUUGAAAGACAACGAUUCACUUCAAUAACAGUUAAAAGCCAAAUCACUGGGAGAUCAUUACAAGUUUGCCAAAAGAUGAAGUCAUCGAUUUGUUUUCCUGAAAAUUAUGAAAAGAUUGAACAGAAAGCUAAAAAAUUGACAAGAAUUGGCAAUUCAUCCUCAAAAUCGGAUUCUUCAUUCACGAACAACAGUGUUGAUAGUCUUUAUCAGACAAGGAAAAGUACUCUACUCUACGGAAAGAAUAAUGUAAUGUUGGGUGAUGAACAACGAGUUCCUGGCUAUCUAGAGUUGAUUAAUUCUUCGAGUGAUAUCUUGAUAAGAUGGACAUCGAAUGAUUUAUUAUUACAAGCUUCAGAUAUGAAUAUUUCUCGAUCAAAUGGAAUUGAAUAUGAUUGUGAUCAAUACCUAUUAGAUAAUCCAUUGAAUGAGACCAACACCACUGAACCGAUGAAUGUUAACAAAUAUUCAAGGAUAAAUAACCAAUUAGUAGAGAAUAAUACAGCUGCUGAUAAAUACUAUAGCUUCCACUUUGACGUUGUUACGAUAUCAGUGAACAAAAUGCAAUAUGUUCAUUUACAUCAAGGCGGAUCAUUUGAAUAUCAGAUUGUUUUCAUUGGACUUGAUGGUAUUGCCUACCCACCUAUCAGAUUACAGGGUGGAUUAAAAGCGGUUUAUGAUUUUCUUGUAUGCUUGGAUCAAGGUUUGAGACCCAGUGCUUUUCUGAAUCCAUCCCCAACUGAUUUAAGUGGUAAGUUGUAG